AUGCUUAAGGAGAAAUCGAUGCCGGUAUACCUCUAUCGUGGAAGAUCCCGGGCGGGCACCGAAGUGCGCGGCCAACGCCAGGCCGCCUCCAGGCAGGCGCUGGCGAACAUGCUGCGGAGAGAGCAGGUCAAGCCCCUGAUGAUCAAGGAAAAAGGCAGGCAGCGAGCCUUGUUCCGAAGCGGCGGCCGAGUCAAGCCCAAAGAGCUGGCGGUUUUCACCCGGCAAUUCUCGGUCAUGAUCGACGCCGGCCUGCCGCUGGUGCAGUGCCUGGAAUCCCUGGGCCAGCAGCAGGAGAACCGGGCCUUCCAAAGCGUGUUGCAGACGGUGCGGGAGGACGUCGAGAGCGGAGCUUCCCUGGCGUCUGCACUGGAGCAACACCCCCGGGUCUUCGAUCCCCUCUACAGCAGUAUGGUGGCUGCGGGAGAGGCCGGAGGAAUCCUGGACACCAUUCUCCGGAGACUGUCCACCUACAUUGAGAAGGCCGUCAAGUUGAAGCGCGCCGUGGUGUCCGCCAUGGUCUAUCCGGCCGUGGUCAUGGCCGUCGCCCUGGCAAUCGUGCUUCUGAUUCUGUGGAAGGUGGUCCCCGUCUUCGCCACCCUCUUCGCCAGUCUCCAGGCCGCCCUUCCCUGGCCGACCCAGGUGGUCAUCGCCGCCAGCCACCUGGUGGGCCAUUCCAUUCCCUUCCUGCUGAUCGGUGGCUUCGGCCUCGGCUAUGCCUUCAGGCGGUACUACGCGACCCCAGGGGGCCGCCGGACCCUGGACCGGGCUUUACUGAAAAUUCCCAUUCUGGGAGGCGUGAUGCGAAAGAUCGCCAUCUCCCGGUUCUCAAGGACCCUGGCCACGCUUCUUUCAGGCGGGGUGCCGAUCCUGGAAUCUCUGGCCAUUACGGCCAGGACGGCGGGCAACGCCGUGGUGGAGGAAGCCGUCUUCAAAACGCGGAGCGCCAUCCAGGAGGGAAAGGCCAUGGCUGAGACCCUCCGGGAUUCCCAGGUAUUCCCUCCCAUCGUCACUCAGAUGGUGGGAGUCGGGGAGCAGACGGGCGGCCUGGACACCAUGUUGACCAAGCUGGCCGAAUUCUAUGAAGACGAGGUCGAUGCGGCCGUUUCCGAUCUGUUGACCGCCCUGGAGCCUCUGCUAAUACUGCUGUUGGGCCUGCUGGUCGGCGGGAUCGUCAUUUCCAUGUACCUGCCGCUCUUCUCGCUGAUCGCCAAGCUGUCCGUAGUGUAG